CCUUUGCCCCGAAGGGACGCCAAGGCCUGCGUGAUCCACGGCACGGACCUGAAGGACAUGAGCUCGGAGCAGAUCGAUGAGAUCCUGCAGAACCACACCGAGAUCGUCUUCGCCCGCACGUCCCCGCAGCAGAAACUCAUCAUCGUCGAGGGCUGCCAGAGACAGGGCGCCAUCGUGGCGGUGACGGGCGACGGCGUCAACGACUCGCCGGCGUUGAAGAAGGCCGACAUCGGCGUGGCCAUGGGCAUCGCCGGCUCCGACGUCUCCAAGCAAGCGGCCGACAUGAUCCUCUUGGACGACAACUUCGCCUCCAUCGUCACCGGCGUGGAGGAAGGCCGCCUGAUCUUUGACAACCUCAAGAAGUCCAUUGCCUACACGUUGACCAGCAACAUCCCCGAGAUCACCCCUUUCCUCCUCUUCAUCAUGGCCAACAUCCCUCUGCCCCUAGGGACCAUCACCAUCCUCUGCAUCGACCUGGGCACUGACAUGGUCCCUGCUAUCUCAUUGGCCUAUGAGGCAGCCGAAAGCGAUAUCAUGAAGCGGCAGCCCCGGAACCCCCGCUCGGACAAGCUGGUGAAUGAACGGCUCAUUAGCAUGGCCUACGGGCAGAUCGGGAUGAUCCAGGCACUUGGGGGGUUCUUCGCCUACUUCGUGAUCCUGGCGGAAAACGGGUUCCUUCCCUCCCGCCUCGUCGGGAUCCGCUUGCGUUGGGACGACCGCACCGUCAACGACCUGGAGGACUCCUAUGGGCAGCAGUGGACCUAUGAGCAGCGGAAGGUGGUGGAGUUCACGUGCCACACGGCUUUCUUCGUCAGCAUCGUGGUGGUGCAAUGGGCAGACCUCAUCAUCUGCAAGACCCGGCGCAACUCCGUCUUCCAGCAGGGCAUGAAGAAUAAGAUCCUCAUUUUUGGGCUCUUUGAGGAGACGGCAUUGGCCGCCUUCCUCUCCUAUUGCCCUGGCAUGGACGUGGCUCUGCGCAUGUACCCCCUCAAGCCGAGCUGGUGGUUCUGCGCCUUCCCCUACAGCUUCCUCAUCUUCGUCUAUGAUGAGAUCCGCAAGCUCAUCCUCCGCCGCAACCCCGGAGGUUGGGUCGAGAAAGAAACCUACUACUGAGACCCCCCCCAAACCGGAACCCCAAAAACACCCCAAAACACCCCAAAAA